UUAAAAGCUGCUGUGAACCUGUAGAGAGCAGCAUUUGAUAUAAUCACAUACUUCUAUACCAUCAGCUCGUCCUUACAGUAAAGGGGGUGGAGCGACUAUAGUAAAGCUCGUGCAUUUUCCUGUUGUGGCAGCGAAACGUAAUCGUUUUCACAUAUAGUCAAAGCAAUUAUGUACUAACUGUGUCUAAGUGGAUAUUUUCCGAAUACAGGCUUUUAUUUUAACUUGUUCUUUCGGUUUGAAAUGGUAUCGCAACCCGCCGAGAGGCGAUUCGCGACGAAGACCGCUCGUUAAGACCGCUCCUUGUGGGACUUCGGUGGACCAUUUCGGUUUUUGGAAACAGUUUGUCUUUCUUCCUAAGGAAGUGGGUCUAAAGGCAUUUGAUCCAGAGCCAAGAAUACACGUGGGGAUAUGACACUAUGAGCCGUCCUAUAGCAGCUGACUGAUACUGACCCUGUGUAUGCUGAGCAAAGCGGCGAGGGUCGGGUCCGCCUCAGUCUCAUGUGAUUGGACGCUGGAUGGAAUCAAGGUGAAUGGAACACAAAGAGCAGGAGCUUAACCUGCCAGAGGGAGAUGAGACAUGGUGGCCGAAUGGAGUGAAGAGAAAAAGAAAGAAUAGUCAAUGCUCUAUGAAGAGCACGUCUGUGAAGAUCAUCUCUGUUCCAGGGUAUGUUCCCAGCUACCUGGAGAAAGAUGAGCCAUGUGUGGUAUGUGGGGACAAGGCCACUGGCUACCAUUACCGCUGCAUCACAUGUGAGGGCUGCAAGGGUUUCUUUAGGAGGACAAUACAGAAGAAUCUUCACCCUUCCUAUUCCUGUAAAUAUGACAACUGUUGCAUCAUUGAUAAAAUCACCCGCAACCAGUGCCAGCUGUGCCGCUUCAAGAAGUGCAUCUCGGUGGGCAUGGCCAUGGAACACAAGUUGGUGCUGGAUGAUUCGAAGCGUGUGGCCAAGAGGCGUCUGAUCGAGGAAAACCGGGAACGGAAGAAGAAAGAGGAGAUGGUGAAAACACUGCACAUUCGACCUGAGCCCACCGUCUCAGAGUGGGAGCUGAUUCGUAUGGUGACGGAGGCUCAUCGCCACACCAAUGCCCAAGGCCCUCACUGGAAACAAAAACGCAAGUUCCUACCAGAAGACAUUGGGCAGUCUCCAGCCCCCACAUCAGACAACGACAAAGUGGACCUGGAGGCUUUCAGUGAGUUCACCAAGAUCAUCACCCCUGCCAUCACACGAGUUGUGGACUUUGCCAAAAAACUUCCCAUGUUCUCUGAGCUGCCCUGUGAAGACCAGAUUAUCCUGCUGAAGGGCUGCUGUAUGGAGAUCAUGUCCUUGCGCGCAGCGGUGAGAUAUGACCCAGAGAGUGAGACGCUGACUCUGAGCGGGGAGAUGGCUGUCAGUCGAGAGCAGCUGAAGAAUGGAGGGUUAGGAGUGGUGUCUGAUGCCAUCUUUGAUUUGGGCAAAAGCCUGUCACAGUUCAACCUGGAUGACUCAGAGGUGGCGCUGCUGCAGGCUGUACUGCUCAUGAGCUCAGAUCGUUCCGGACUCACGUGUGUGGAAAAGAUCGAGAAGUGUCAGGAGAUGUACUUGUUAGCAUUCGAGCACUACAUCAACCAUCGCAAGCACAACAUCUCACACUUCUGGCCCAAGCUGCUGAUGAAGGUGACAAACCUGCGCAUGAUCGGCGCCUGCCAUGCCAGCCGCUUCCUGCACAUGAAAGUGGAGUGUCCCACAGAACUCUUCCCCCCACUCUUCCUAGAGGUCUUCGAGGAUCAGGAGGUGUGACCGAGAGCCACGGGGAAACUUGGGGAGGGGGAAAAGGGGGCAAAACUGGUCGUGAAUAUGCAUACCAGAAGCAUUUGAUUUUUGCAUCCUCAUGCAACGCCGAACCGGGACAUGUACUUUAUUUUGCACCAUCAGCUUUGUCUGGGAUAUGUUUUGGGUUGUCGGCUUCCACACCUUUUGACCCUACAGUAACUUUCCAUUCAGAUUCCUCCCACAGACAGACAAAAUGCUAGCACGCAUCAACCUACCUCUCAUACCAACAUACCUCCCAACCUCAGAAGGAGCUUAUUUUUAAAGCGUGACAAAGAAACCCACACAUUCAAAAUCUGUUUAAUAACCUGUUUUGGAAAUGUUAGCUGUUGUUGUCAGGACAGAGGAAACUUUUAUGAGUACAUCGAACAGCUGUACAUGGGCUCUACACGAUUAACCUACAAAAUAAUGCUAAUUUUCCUCUGAUUACAGUAGUAUUUUAGCAUUCAUCUUCCUCUUUGCACGCAUAGAAUAUCUCCUUUGUAAACAUAACUACCUGUGUGCACUUGUACACUCUGUACAUACAUUAUUAUGUUGUCAACUUCUCAUACCUCAUAUACACCAGCAUACAGACAUACAUGUAGCAACAUGUCCAUACAUGUAUGUAUGCUUACAAUUCUACCUGCAUUAACCCAUCUAUCAACUCACAAUGCAGUAUCUACAGUUCUCAUAUACCUUCCUAUCUACCAUAUCCACUUGUAUGUUACUUAAGCUGAACAUUUUGUGACCUCAUUUUCUGAAUAGCCUCUUGUUGCUUUCUGUCAUGUCAUGUUACCCAUUUGGACUGACAGAUUGAUGUACAUACGUAUUAAGCCAUAUGCUGUGGUUUGAGACAUCCAUCUACUGUACAUAUUAUGACCUUCAGAUCGCUCGCUGUGCUCCCACUCACCUGUCUCAUCAGAUAGUAGCAAAAACAUAGUAGUGCCGUGGUAUGUCUUUUAGAGAAAUAUUACCCCUCAGAUCCAUCCAUCCUACCAUUUAUUUGGACAAAAUAAGAAGUACAGGGUGGUAAAUGAUCAUGAAAUAUACAGGAAAAAGUAAGUCCUUGAAAAUCAAAAUUUGACAGAUGGUAAUAAAAGAAGAAACUAGGGGUUAGAUCAUUAAUAGUUGAGUACAAUGGGGCUAAAAUAACCACUUCAACAAAAGGUGUUUUUCUGUUUAAGUAUUUUAUAUGUAAAUAUGAUUAAAUGCUAACAUUAUUUUAGUAUUGUCUUAAAAACUGCAUAAUUGUGUCUAUGCUACAAUGUUCCACAAAUGAACCUCCAUUGUUAUUGGAGCAGUGAGUUCAAUUUCAGCCAUCUUGGCUUUGGCUGUAUUUUUCCCAUUCAGCGGCUUUAAAAAUGUAAAGAUUUUAAAGGGAUAGUUCACCCAAAAAUGAAAUCACACACAAAAAAAAGACAUUUUGAAGAAUGUUGGUAACCAACCAGUUGACGGUAGCCAUUGACUUCCAUAGUAUGGAAAACAAUGCUACCAUCAACUGUCUAGUUGACAACAUUGUCCAAAAUAUCUUCUUUUGUGUUCAACAGAAGAAAGAAACUCUAUAGUCAGCAUGAAAUGAAAAUUCACCACAUCUGUUUGUUAAAUGCAUGUUACUGUUCUUUUUUGUGAACAACACCUUAACUGCGUGUGCCUUGUAAAUGUGCCUCAGUUAUACUUCCUCUGGCGGACACAAAACAGACAAUACUGCAUCUAAAAUAAGUUGCUCAAUAACUUCUUGUUUGUUAAUUCACGCAUAUGUGCAUUUUUUAUUUUUUUGUCACCGUUAUGUUUAAUCAAAAUUACAUACACUUGUAUCACAAUAUGGAAUAAAUAUCUGUUGCUACUUUAGUUUUACCUAAUACAUUUUUUCCCAAAUACAAAUUCAGUUAUUUACUAAUUGCUAGUUUGCUGAAAAACUGUCGACUUAAUCACCUUCAACAAAACUGAAAAUCAUAAACAAUCAUCUUUGCAAAAUAUAUAAUUUCAAGGACUCUCAUUAGUUUCAUCUGCAACAUUUACAAUUUUUUACAAAUUAAUAAAUGACUUCAAAUAAACCUUAUUUAUUUUGCCAUGCAUAGCGACAGACAGGUCCUUAGGGUAGUACUGUAGUUCUGUUUGUGGCUAUCCAUUGUUUUGAGAGGGAAAUUAAAAAUAGAAAGGACUUUUAGCCUCAUUGUACACUACAUCUUUUCUGAUUUUGAAAGUGGGGAACUUAAAAUCUCCACAACCUUCUUGCAAGAGGAAAUGAGUGUCACUUACCUCUCCAUCUCUUCAAACAGACUCAAAUAAACCCCUCAUCCGUGCAUCGCAGUCUGUUUCCCUCACCUGCUCAUGCAUAUAUAUAUUCCUGCUUUAACCUGUACAUAAACGUGCACAUUUACACUAAAAAGUCACAUACGUGUGAUAGCAACCUCACUCAUGUGUAUCUUUCCCUUUCACUUGUGAUGUGGGACCAAGUGUCAGUCUUGUUCCCUGUUUCUGAGGACAGUAAGAAUGUGCCAGCUGAAUGAAUUUCACUGUGCUGUAACAGAGCUAACUGAUUGCUUAGCAGAUUAUUUUGCUUUAAGCAAGCGCUGGAGAACAGCACAAGAAGAUGGCUCCUGCAUAACACAAAUCUCAAUUUUUGUCAGCCCAGUUCUGUGGUCCCUGUGCAUGUACAUCUCACACAAGAACUUUUCAUGAACUCUUCCCCAGCAAAGGACACAGCCAGACCCCCAAAGCAUCCCUUCAAGCAGUUACCAGCUUAAUUUUUGUGGUUCAGACACAUAGCAGGGUUUCAGUGUCCUUUUUGACUGAUACUGUGUCAGUAUGGCUCUAGGAAGUGAGACGCAGACUCCAUUUAAAGUGACACAGAGGAACAAAAGGGCAGAAAGGACAAACUCACUGUGACUAGCUAAACUCAGGCACGGAGCUCCCAUGAGGCCAUGCAUCUGACUCAGGCUCAAUCUAACCCACCAGCACUGCAGACAUGCACUGCCCACAGUCACAAUCUUCUGCACCAGCAAGGGUCAGCUCCGCUGAGCCCUGCCCACAGACCCUGUUCUUGAUAACAGGGAAUCAGGAAGCCAUUUGUUCUGCUGGACGUUUUAGUUUACAGCACUUUUAUUAGAGCAGAAUUCAGUCCUUUACACCUAGCCAGAUCAUGAAUAUAUUGGUUGAGACUUUGACUCUUAAAGGGGCCAUAUCAUGAAAUUUUGAAAUAAAGUUCAUUGUACUAUGAAAUCAGACUGUAACUUUCAGAACUUCUUCCCUUGUCCAUAUUUAAAGGUCAUUUACUGAAACUAUGCAGCAAAAAUAUAUUUUUCUGAAUAUAAACAUAUGACCACCAACAUUUACAUAUUAGCAAUUCUUAUUUGGUGUCCACUCACUAUGACAAAGUAAGAUAGGUAAUAUUAUUCUUAAACACCAGAAGGACUAACAAUUAGAGUAAAAUGUUGGAAAUUACUUCAAACGUUGUGCUUUUCCUGGCUGUGUGUAGCACCUACUGCUCUGCAGAUCAUUAUAGGAUCCCAGUGUUAAUAGUUCACCCAAAAAUGAAAAUUCUAUCAUCAUUUAUUCAUUUCUGGUGUUGUUUCAAAUCCAUAAAACUUUUGUUCAUCUUUGAACACAAAUGAGGAUAUAUUUAAUAUAUUCUCCUAUUUUUUGUCCAUUUAUUUAAAGUCCACACAACCAAAGGUUUGAUGCAUCAGAAAGUACAAAUACAUCCUAAACUUAAUCUAUAUGAAUCAAGAAUCAAAGUGCUUAAUAUGUUCAUUUAAUAUUUUUUCCAAAAUACAAACAGAGAUAUCAUCAAAUAUGUUUUUUACGGGAAAGGUUCUGCCAGGAUAAUAUACCUUCAAUUUAUGGAUGUUUCCUUUAACCCUAAAAAACAACAUGCACUGUCCAGUUUUUACAAAAAUGAUGAGAGAAUAUUAAUAACAAACAAACAAAAGCUUUGUUCAGAUGAUGAACGGAAAAGUCUUGUAAGGAAAUCUGGAAAGACAGGGCUUGUAAAUGAUCCCAGAAUUUUCAUUUUUUGGUGAAAUAUUCCUUUAAGAAACAACAUUUUUAACAAGGUUUCAGCACAUAUUUCAGAACAGAUUGGAUUCAGUUUACAGAUGAGCACAGCAAAGCCCUGUUGCUCAUAUCACAUGCAAAUAAACUGUUUAUGACUUAAAGCCAAAAAAAUAGUAAGGAUCAGCAAGAAGAUGUAAAAACAGUUAUUAAAAACUAAAUUGUUAUUAUUGUCAGAGCAAAAAAUAAUAAGCGGAACUCAGGGGAAAAAUGUAAAUAAUAAUAAUAAUAAUAAUAAAAUGUAUGAUAUGACUCCUUUAAUAGAUCUUAAAAAGUCUUCUCAACACCCCUUCUGGAAAAUUCACACGCCCCAAUAAAUUCCAUGUGAAAUACAUGUCCAUGUCUGCAAUGUAGCAAGUCAUAUUUGAGAUCCAAAAGUUCAAGUGUUAAAAGAAGACCUGCCAUUCCUUUAAAAAAAACAACAACUCUGUCCAUCUUCUGAUGAGGAAUGUAAAAAUAAAAAGACAAAGCACUCAUUCUUUAGUAUGAAUACUUGCUGUAUUUUAUGUUGAGUGGACAUAACACAUUUGCAGGCUGUGAAUUUUAAGUGAGCGGAUUGUGACAAGAAAUUGUUCAAACACAGCAAAACUCAAGUUGAUGUCAGACACUGUGCUUUGUUGUACGUUUUUUAAUCUGAACUGUACUGUGGACAUUGUGCUUCUCAUGUGUUUAAUUGGUUUGACACCUUUCAUUAGAAUUUACUCUGCCUGUCUCCCGUAUCAAGAUUCUCUUAGUGAUUUGAUGAUGAGCACUUCUGUUUAUUAAAACCUUCAUACCUCAUGUGUGAACGAUAGAAGAGGAUGAGUUCAACAUAGACUUAUUAAUGUCACAUUUGUGUCAAACACACAGCACUUCUCACCUCUCCAGUAUCCUAGACUGCCAUAAUGUGAUCAGGCUGGAAUGAAUGUAGUUGUAGGUCUGACAGGUUAGAAACAUAGUUAAAAGACGGCAAGAUUUUUUUUAUCCAGUCAGAAAAAGACACAUCUGCAGCAGAUCUGCAUUUCUUUGAGAGGUAAACCACCUUCACCAGUACCUCAAUCUACAGUAUUCAACAUGGUCUAACACACAACAGGACCUUGCGCACUUACUUUAAAAAAAAAACAUCCUCAUCCUCACUGCAGGCACCUCAAUAUUGAUGUGUAAACGCAUUCAUUGCAAUAGACCAAGGGCACAGAACUCAGUUCCUGGAGGGCUGCAGUCCUGCAGAGUUUAGUUCCAAACCUGCUCUAACUCGUAUGUGAUUUUCAAAUAAGCCUGAAGGACUUGAUGAGCUGGAUUAGGUGUGUUUAAUUAAUGAAGCUUAACUCUGCAGGGCUGUGGCCCUCCAGAAACAGAGUUUUGCACCCCUGCUCGAUAAGUGAUCUUUAGCUAUAUGAUUUUAUCUGCAUUCUCACAAAUAGCUCAUUAAUAUAUAAUGACAAAGACAAUGAUGCUUGCACAAAUGAUGUUUGUCAGUGUCCUUUUCUUGCUCGUGAAGCAUAAUCCAUGUGCUUUUACUCGAUUUUGAACACUAUGCUUAUACAGGAAGUUGUUAAGGUGCCCUCUCCUUUAUGGGUCGGUGAUACACUGUCUAAUCCAGUGAUGCAGAAUUGCUGUUUUUUGUAGCAUUGUACAUUAUCCGUCUAUGAAACUAUCCUAGUAUAAACCUGUAAUGGAUGUGAAAGGCCUGUGAGGUUUUUCCCCUACAAUGCCUCUCUGUUCAAUGGAUUAGUGGGUGCAAUGCAGACUAUGUAUGUCAAAACAAAUGUUUUUUGUUCUUUUUUAUAUUUCAACUUUAUUUGAAGAAAAAUUCAACAAUUUUAACUGAUUCCCAAACCGCUUGACCAUCAUUGGACUGCGGCUUGGUCAAUAUGUAUAUAUAUAUUCAAGAUAUUUGCUUUGAGCAAAUUAUUUGCAUGUAGUAACUAAUUUAACAAUUCAGAUCAUAUUUUCACAUACAGGAACCAAGCAGAAAUGAUUAAUAAAAAAUGUCCUGUUUGCAGGUAUACAAUCAAAAUAUAUGUAUGUGUUCAAUACCAAUCAUAAAAAAGCAAAACAUGUGGGAGGGGUGUAAAAGUAACUCAGGUAUGUGUGCUACUUUUCACUUUAAAAAAAAUGUUUAAUAAAUGAUUGUUGUCUGUUGUGAA